GGUCUGAGCAACAAGCUCUUCCUGUGCAGCCUCCCCGACAGCCUGGACUCUGUUGGGGACGAGCCCCGGAGCGUCCUGCUGCGCCUCUAUGGGGCCAUCCUGCAGGUGGGAGCCGCAGCUCUUAUUGCUAGUUUAAACGCUGUUUUUUUUUUACUGCAGAAAAAGAGAACUACAAGUAAGCCAGACUCUUCACGAGGAUGUCGUAGAAACUACUGUCCCCCAGCAGCUUGUAGAUAUUAGUCUCAUUGUUACAGUUUAGCUGUUUAAAAAAGAAGACGACAAGUGCUGCUACAGACCAUUUCACAGUUGUAAAAACGCGUCCCAGUUCAUUUCCUGUCGCCAGUGUAUGUCAAUGACAGAGGCUGACAGGAAGUAAACGUGGACACAGGCAGUUUGCCGAGCACUGGGAUUGUGUUGAAAUGGUCCGAAGGGCGCAAACAGCAGCAUUUUUUUAAACUUCCUGUAAACAUGUUUGACUUUUAUCAAAGAGAUGACUCGUGUAACUGGGGUCAAAGGUCAAUAUGAGCUGAUUAUCACAAACAAACAACAAGAUAAAACAUACUACUGUGUGAUGUGACCCUGUCGCCCCCAGAGCUUGUUGUAUGCGUGCGUGUGUCUGCAGCUCAUAUGCUUAUGUGUGUAUGUGUGUGUGUGCGCGCGUGUUAGCCAUUGUUGUACAUGAUGAUGUACCCCCAUGGCUGUACAUGCAUGUGUUCUUUGCCGUAGGCUUCCCAAAGGAGCGUGCCCUCCUGGGUACUCUUGUUCCCAGGUGAACCCACCAAAAAACACGAUGUCCUGUAAUAAAGGGGAUUCCCGACAGUCAAACAAAGAAAAUCCUUACCAAGGUGCAGAGGCCUUGGUGUUGGAGAGUGUGAUGUUUGCCAUUUUGGCGGAGAGGGAGCUGGGACCUAAACUCUACGGUAUUUUCCCUCAGGGCCGACUGGAGCAGUAUGUCCCAAGUCGUAAACUGGACACCUGGGAGUUGAGAGACCCUAGCAUCUCAGCGGAGGUAGCCGAGAAGAUGGCCCAGUUUCAUGCGAUGAGGAUGCCCUUCAACAAGGAACCCAAGUGGCUGUUUGGAACUAUGGACAAGUACCUGAACCAAGUCAUGAGGCUGAACUUCAUCCGAGAGUCCCACCUGCGCCGCUUCAACCGCCUGCUGGGCUACAACCUGCCAAAGGAGAUGGAUAUGCUCAAGUCUCUGCUGGAGUCCACGCACUCUCCUGUCGUGUUCUGCCACAACGACUGUCAAGAAGGAAACAUCCUGUUGCUGAAGGGCCACCAGAGCUUAGACAAACAGCAGCUGAUGCUCAUUGACUUUGAGUACAGCAGCUACAACUACAGGGGAUUCGAUAUUGGCAACCAUUUCUGUGAAUGGAUGUACGACUACAGCUGUGAGGAGUUUCCCUUCUUCAAAGUGAACGCUCAGGCCUACCCUUCCAAGGCCCAGCAGUUGCACUUCAUUGAAAGCUACCUGCGCGAUGCCGAUCGAGGCUUUGACAACCUCAGCGAAGAGGACCAGAUGAAGCUGAAGGAGGAGCUGCACGUGGAGGUCAACAGGUUCUCCCUGGCGUCCCACUUUUUUUGGGGCUUGUGGUCCAUAAUCCAGGCCCGUCUCUCCACUAUCAAGUUUGGAUACCUGGAGUAUGCCCAGGCCAGGUUUGAUGCCUACUUCCAGCAGAAGAAGAUGUGGGCGGUCUAAUGGAGCCCCAUGAGGGGACUUGCAGGUUAACGAAGACUCCACGCACCACGCUUUACUUACGCUCCCUGCCUUGAGGGGAUUCGCUGGCUACUGUUGGUGUUGUGUUGACCAAAUGCCAGAACUUGAUCACGUGGCUAGGCGCUUAAGGUACGCCCCACCCCCCUAAAAUCCAUUGCAGCUCAAAGUUUACACUGUGUGACUCCCAGAGAGACCCUCCCCCUGACAAAACAAAACCCAAAUACAAAAAACACUGACUUGUACUAACCUUCAUCAGUGGCCAGAGCUGCUCUCUGCUUCUGCCUUGUUGGAACCAUACCACUAACACCAGGGUUACAUUUGGAGCAGGGGGGGGGGGGGGGGGGGGGGGGGGGUUACAGCUAGGUUGGAAAUGUUGACAUUGCAUCAAUGUGUGUGUAUUGGUCAUUCCCUUAUGGAAAUGUUCUGUUGGAAAUUACCAAAAUGUGAACUUCUCUUGGUAGAUUGCUGCUCACAGAAGCAGCCAGUUGCUAACUAUGUAUAUUAUAUAUAGACCUCAAUAUGCCAGUAACCUGGCCAUGUCUGUUACUGACGUGAUUGCUGGCAGAUACAUAACUUGAUCGACUGGUCGGAGUGAUGUCUACACUUGUAGAUAUUACACACUUGCUGCUUGUUCGAUUUUCUUUUUUCUAUUCUUAUCAUUUGUAUUUUAAAUUUUUUUCUGGCCAGGGCAAUUACAGUUGUGGUAUUUUCAAGUAUGUGAAUAGUUGAGGCUCCUUUUUCUGGGUGGCUGGUUAAACACUGCCAAAACUAAAUCAAAGGCGUCAAACAUUGGGUAUCGCCAUUGCAAUUAUGUCUGGUUCUUGGUGGCUUCCCAACUAAUAGUGCGUUUAUGCUGACCAGAUGUCACUUUUUCUCUACCUGUUCACCUUUGGUAGGUUUAUUUGUAUUAAUAAAAAUAACUGGGACAAGUACAUCCACACCUGUGUAGUUUGCACAUUGGGUAUUAACAUAUGCACUGUCUGAUUUAGCCAAAAAGACAUUCCAGUUAUGCUUUAUAAGUCUGGGGAAGUGUUGCUAAACAGGUAACUGACUCUAUUUCUGCUUUUUUACUUUUAUAUUCUUUAUAUUAUAACGUCUCAAAGUGCACAACAGCCUUAUUGUGGUAAUGUUUUCUUUGGCUGGGUGUUUGAUCUGGCAUAUUGGCAUAGACGGUCCCAUCACACUGCACAGCUGAAUUGGGCUUGUUGUAGCAGGAUAGCUGUACAGUCGUUCUGUUCAAGGGGCAUUCAGCCAAUUUGGCUUUUGCUGUAUCUGCUAUUGAGGGCUGAGUCCAAGCCAUACCACCGGGUCAAUGCACACACUGGCUCAUAAUAUGGUCAUUCUCUGCUGUAGCAUGGUAACAAUCUUACUUAUUGCACCUGUAACAAAGGAAGUGCCUCAUCGGCUCUUUGAGUCUUUCUCCUAUGCAGAUUAGAGUUCAAGAUUGUUUCAGAUGAGAGAGAACUGUGACUGAUGCGGUCUCUCACCCAAACACCCCGAGGCGAGUCCAAUUCUACCCCGACAGCGACCUCUGUUUCUGCCGGCUUACGCCAAAUGUCUACGUCACUCCUCCACAGUCCAAGCAUAGUCACUUCUGUUCAUUGGUUGCGGGAAAAAACAACAUGGCGACGGAGAAAUCCCCGAACUCGAAGCUUCAUAACGACAGUCCACAAACCAACGUGUAACGUUACGAUGACGACGUCCACUUCUAGUACAUUCUAUGAUUCUACCUCACCCCGACAAGUCAUUACAGGGUGCGUUCGUAAACAGUCAGUCCGAGCGCAAACUUACCCAUUUGUUAAUGCAUGUAGAAAUAAAACAAUAUUUCUUCAGACAAUAGCGCUAUUUUGGUGUUUGAUUGGAUUUAUGAACGCACCCAUACGUGCACCAUGUAUUACCCACAGAUGGACAGAUUCAUCUGCUGCGAAGACAGCCUUCACUUUGCCAUUAAAUGACACCUUAACAUCUUUAAUUUGAGUUUAUCGUCUUUGCUGGGCACGUCUCUCAUGUUAGUGAAACAUUAAAGCGAUUAAAUCAGCGACCGCAAGCUAGCUCACCACAACAAUAGCAGUGACUAUUAGACUUCAUUAGAAAUGCUAAUAGUAGCAGCAAACUUUUCCAUGCUAGAAUUCUAUUUUUCAGCAUUUCACAUUAGAGUGAAGAAUACCAGACUCAAAUGUAUCUUUCGCUAAGGCUAACCCUUCAGUUGCUGUUGCUAGCCAUUGUGCUUUUGGUUUGUGAUGAUGGGAGUGACAUCUACAAGAUGUUACCAGCUGUGGCUAGCCAGCUAAUGAAGCGCAAGUUUCAUGUAUUUGCUGUCCCCCGGCUGACUUUUAAUUGUUUCCAGAUAAGUGUUUUUAAUACAAGAACCUCUGAAGAAAAAGGGCUCUUAAAUAUGCACUUUACCGCUUCAAACAUGAUAUUGCUAAAAUACUGAGACCUAAAGCUAACGUUAAAUGUCAAGACAUGGAUCAAAAAAAAGGAAAGGAGCAGCAUUAAUCUUGUGUUGCAGUGUAGAGCCAGUAAGUAUUGUAAGUAUGAUAAAGAAUAAUAUAUGACCAGAAUGUUUUUUUUGGUCUGAAGGCCUUUAAACUCAGGGCGCGACGAAUAAACAACACAACAAAGCAAAAAUACUCGGCUGCAAAUAUUUCAUCUAAAUUAUUCCUAGCAACAGCAAAAACAGAAAGAAUUGCGUCACUUUUUUGUCACAUAACAUUUGUGUUCGGUGUGCACUCGUGGCAAAACCAGGACAGAGUGGCUAACGUUAGCCUAAACUCUGAUAGCAUCCAAAACCAGCUUCCACAGUUGGGGAAAUACAACACAGUCAGUUGUAUUUCUGCUUUUUAACAGACUCAAAUAACUCAUUCUCCAAACUCUUUAAAUGCAGAGUGUCGCUCUUACUCCGACCCCAAUGCACAGCAUGUGGAGAAAUCCAGAGCGGCACGGGCCUGUUAUACCUAGUUACAGUUGCUAAACCAUGAUUGGACAAUCACUGUUUGGGGUAGGGAUUCAGCAAAGGUCAAUCGCAAAGCAAAAGGUUUGCUUUAGGUAGUUUGAAGUAAUACUGCAUGGAAAUCCUAAAGUAGAUGCUUGUUUUCCACAAAAUGUCUGCUUGACCAAUGAAAGCUGUGCGACCGGCACAAAGGCUGUCGUGUCCGUUGCUGUUCAAAUAAAGGAUGUAGCAUUGUGUUUACACCAGGUCAUAUUUCCCGUCUUACCUGUGAGCACUGGGACUUAGUGUGGAAGCCACCAAAUAACUCUUGUGAAGAAGCAGGCUUUAGGCAUUACCUCAUACUUGUGAAAAUGUCUCUGAAACUAAAGUAAACCCUACACUAGUCACCUGGUACUGGAACCAUCCAGAGGUGUUAGAAUGUCGCCUGAGGCACUUUUGAUCUGAGGACCGGAAAACUAAAUAUGUACAAUAUAUUUACUUUGUGUGUGAAACAUUUGGGGGUUGUUGAACUGUGCCUGUUGUUGUUAGUUUUAUUUUACAUGCAACUGUAUUUUUAUUUAAUAUUUCAUUGUGAUAUUUUCUUUUGGAAUAUGUUUACUCUAUAGUUUUACAGCAGAAUAUCUUGUGGAUUAUACUGGAGGACUAUUAAAGAAGUGUUACUGCUGAA